AUCAGUAAGGUUUUGUGGUGUUCUACUUUAAUUAAGGUCUUAGUCGUAAAGGGUUUACAAGGAUGGAACUUAAAACUGCAUGCGCAUGUUUUCUUGUAUUUAGUUUACUUACUUACCAAAAUGUCAACGCAUCUGAUAAAGAUGUAUUCAAGAUUCUUUUUGAACGGAUUGAUAGGCUUGAAAUAAAUGACGUUGCCAAUAAACGUGAAAUAGCUUCAUUGAAAGCAGAAAUAAAAUCUUUGAAAAUAAAUGCACUGGAGACAGAAAACGGCCUCAUUAGUGAAAUCAAAGAACUGAAAUCGAGGCUUCUUGAUAGCGAAGUCAAACAGAGAGCAAUGGAAAAUGGUCUAGAGAUGAAUGACAGUGAUACACAUCCUUCUAAAGGCAGGCAAUCUGAAGGUGAUGCAGCAACAUUCAUUCAACAUGCCAGCAAAGUAGAGAGGAAAUCGGUUACAGUUCGGGAGGCGGUUGAGAACGAAGUCGCAUUUUACACCACCCACUCACAACACGACGUUCAACAUCUUGGACAGAACCAAAUUAUUGUAUUUGAUCAGGCAGUCACAAACGUUGGAAAUGCAUACAGUUCACAGCGAGGCGAAUUCGUCGCACCAGUUGAUGGUACAUAUGUUUUCCACGUCACUAUGAUGGGCAAAGAUGUUCAUGCAGUCACAAGUAAGCACUUCAACGCCUAUAUAGAUGUUAGUGGAAAGCCAUAUUCACAGCUUUGGGUCGAACCUUAUCAACAGUCUUCGCAAAUGUUUGUCAUCAACUUAACUGCAGGCAAAAUAGUGUCGGUCAAGAAUCGUGUACAAGACGAUGGCUUUAUCGGACAACAUAUGUCAACUUUCUCUGGUUUCUUAUUGUAUCAGAACUAUGGUUCGACUGGUAGUAUUAUAGGAAAAUAAACUUUAAUAAAAUUGA